ACUGUCUCCGUCCGCAAGCCAAUCAUUGGGCUAAGGAGGAGUGUGCUGUUGCAGGGAACAUUGACCUUCAGGGACGUGACUGUGGACUUCAACCUGGAGGAGUGGCAGCAGCUGGACGCCACUCAGAGGAACCUCUGCAGGGAUGUCAUGCUGGAGAACUACAGCCACCUGGUCUCCGUGGGAUUCCUCAUGGCCCAACCAGUUAGGAUCUUCAGGUUGGGACAAGGAGAAGAGGAGGCCAGGAUGGCAGCUGGAGAAAGCCCAACACGGAGGUGUCCAGGUGAGCCCGCGCCGGGCCAGUUGGGCCAGGGCAAGGGGACCUGAUGGGUCAGGGAGAGCUUGGCCUCGGGGGCGCGCCCCAGAGUUCUUCUCAGAAACCCCAGACUUGGGGACACAAUUCGGGUCUGAUGGAACGAGCUGCUGUGAUAUCCGCACGAUGCCCCACCUGCUGCCCCUCUGCAGCCCCUUGUUCUUGGGGUUCAGACAGAGGCAGCCACUGCUGUUCUGUAGAUCCCGUCUCCACCUUCCAGCAUCUGGGUGGCUAGGGAGACGUGCCCAGCCUUGUCUCCUUCCUCCUCCCUCUCCUUUCCGGAAGCUGUUGCGACUUUCCCCCUCUCUUGGGCAUUUGCGUGUUCCUCAGAAGACAAAGCAGAUGGAGGGGUGAUGUUUCCUGUUUACUGGGCAUACUGUGGGCCCUCGAAGUCUGAAACACAGAGUCUUUAACCUCAGGGAAAUUAUCCUACCUGGUUUACUGGAGUUGGGAUGGACAAAAAAGCUUUGCUAAUGACCUUCAGC